AUGAAAUAUUUAUCAAAAGCACAACAUAAAUUGGACGAAGACGAUUGUGAAAGAUUACAAAAGCCAUUGUUAUUGUCACAUUUUGAAAAAUCAGCAUUAGUGUCUGUGUUGAAAGAAACAAUCUCGAAAAUAGUUGUUGUAAAUAGUGGUUCCGAUGGAAAAAUCGUUGAGCUACCGACUUCCAAGCCGCCGAUGCACGUUCGAUUCAACAAGCCAAUUCUCGAUAGAUUUUAUAACGAGGAAACAUUGGAACCGCUUCGGGAGUGCUUCAAAGCAAUGUCAAUUAGUAAACUCGAAUCCGAUAUUGAAGUCAUUCGUUUUGCCUUGGAAAUGUGUUGCAAAGACAUAGAGAAUGGUGCUUUUCGAAAUUUUGCUGAAUUUAUUUUCAGUGAAAAUCGUGAAGCAUAUGAUGAAUAUAGUUUAUUGAAAGCCUACUGUGAAAACAUUGAAAAAUUGGAAGAGUUACACAAAGAGCUUAAGCAUAAUCGUAAAAAAAAUGAAGAUCUCAUUUUGAAGUUGGAUGAAGAUUUGUUCAAUUUGAAAACGGAAUGUGAGAACCGAGAAAAAACAAAUCGCUUCGAAGCGAAUAUGGUGAAAAAAUGGGAAAAUGCUCGUCAAGAGCAAGUAGAUGCAGUUUUUAACCAUGAACUCAAAACUUUGUAUCAGUCUCGUGAUGAUUAUGAAGAGAAGACGGAACGCGAGUUGGUCGUUAUCAAUGAAAUUCUUGCAUUUUAUCGGGCAAAAUGCACGAAAUUGGAAGAUUCAAUCAAAUCAUGGCAACAAAGAUACGAAACCGAACGAAUAGAACUGGACGAACAAAUAAAGCAUACCGAAGAUAACAUUGAAGAUGUUAAAUCCAAAUAUGAAUUGAUUCGCCAUCAAUACGAAGAAAGAGCAAAAUUUAUUGAGGAGUAUUACAUUGAACAGAAACAAUUAGAGGAAAUCAGAAAAAUGGAAGCAAGCAAACAAAAAGCAGCUACAAAAAUUCAAGCUUGGUGGCGUGGAACAAUGGUUCGCAAACAAUUGGGACCAUAUCGACCGAAGAAAAAGAGCAAAAAACCAAAAGCCGCAAAAAAGAAAUAAAAACAUUUUUAUUGUAAAAUCAGCGUGACAUACUUAUAUUAAAUUAAUAAAGA